AUGCCAGCGGCGUCUCGGCGGCACUCACGGCCUGCCUCAUCGCCGUCAGUCGAGCGUCAACGUUCAUUGGUUGUAGUGCGACGUCGCAGGAACACCACAGCUGCGCUAACAGACACGUACCAACGCACGUGCGGCGUUGGACAUCGUAGAGUCAGCUGCCAGCAGCUUCAUUUGAGGUUAGGAACGACGUGUAGUGUGUAG